AUGACGAAGGAGAAGACGACUGAUCAUGUUCCGUCGUCGCCGGAAAAGAGUUCUUCACACCGGCGACAGAAGCUCGGUGUGCUUUUCCAUAAUUCUGAACCCGACAUUUUAAGCACCACCGUUCAAGAACAAGAAGACGCCGGUAGCAGUACUUCCCAUCACCGCCAUAGCAACGUCGCGUUUCCAAAAGCAUCCAUGUCUCCAAAUUCAUCUCCUGCUAAUUACUUCAUGUCGCCGUUAAACCAGGCCUCGCCGUUUUCGAAAUCGCCGUGGAACGUUUCUACUUUGAAUGCUCACGCCGGCGGAGGAAUUGACGGUCACGGUGACAUGCCGGCGACGGGGUUAAUUGGGUCUUUGGUGCGUGAAGAGGGUCAUAUUUAUUCGUUAGCGUCGUCAGGUGAUUUGUUAUACACAGGUUCCGAUUCUAAAAACAUUCGGGUGUGGAAGAAUUUUAUGGAGUUUUCUGGUUUUAAAUCCAGUAGCGGAUUAGUGAAAACCAUCGUUGUUUCCGGUGAUCGGAUAUUUACCGGCCACCAGGACGGCAAAAUUCGGGUCUGGAAGUAUUUGGAUAAGAAGAAGAAAGCUUACAAACGGGUCGGUAAUUUACCCACAACGAAAGACUACAUCAAGAGCUCCCUGAACCCUAAUAAUUACAUUGAAGUAAGACGACGACGCAAUGUUCCGUGGAUAAAGCACUACGACGCCGUUGCGUGCAUGAGUUUGGAUGAAGAAAGAGGGUUAUUAUAUUCAGGAUCGUGGGAUAAAUCUUUUAAAGUUUGGAGGCUUUCGGAUUCGAAAUGCUUAGAGUCCGUACACGCCCACGAAGACGCCAUUAAUUCCUUCGUCGUCGGUUUUGACGGUCUAGUUUUCACCGGUUCCGCCGACGGAACGGUGAAGGUGUGGCGGAGGGAGUUGGUAGGGAAAGAAACAAAGCAUAUGAUGCUUUACAGUUUACUAAACCAGGAAACCGCCGUCACGGCGUUGGCGGUGAACACGGCGGAAGCCGUCGUGUACGCCGGAUCAUCAGACGGGCUAGUGAAUUUCUGGGAACGACCAAAACACACGUUGGCUCACGGCGGUGUUAUCAGAGGUCACAAGCAAGCAGUCCUGUGUCUCGCCGCCGCAGGGAGCUUGUUGUUUAGUGGAUCGGCGGACAAAAACAUCUGUGUGUGGCGGAGGGAAGUCGGCGGCUUCCACUCAUGCCUCUCGGUGUUAACCGGACACACCGGUCCGGUCAAAUGUUUGGCGGUGCAGGAGCAGCCGGAAGAUGAUGAGAAUAGUGUUCGAGAAUGGGUGGUGUACAGCGGUAGUUUAGAUAAGUCAGUGAAGCUGUGGCGGGUGGCGGAGCAGCCAUGGAAGUAAUACACGCGCCGCCGUAAUGUGGGCUGAGAGAUAAUGGAAGAAUGAAAGCCAUGUGGGUCCCUUUCCAAAAAGAGUCCAAUUUUUUGGAAAUUAUUGGUGGUGAUGAAAUUGGUUUGAAUUAUUUGUAUUGUGAUGUAUAGAUGUAGACAUAGGCUUUGGGUUGAUAGACAUAUUUUGGUUGCUUUGUUACAUUGAUAUUUUUCUAUGUUUCUUGAAAUCUUGAUACCAUUCACAUUCAAUGAUUUAAUGGAACCACAAAAAUGGGUAUGUUUUGGUAGC